GGCAGCAUCUGUGCGGCGGCGGCAUUUCGCGCGUCGAUUCUAACCUUUCUUAUGUUGUAUGUAGUCAAUCACGCCGCCGGCUGACGACGACUCGAAUGUAUCCUUCGCGGUGUUGACUCGUGCUGUGCUAUACUACUCAGUGUGUUGUUGUUGUUGUCGUUGGACAAGUGUUGUUUUAUAUCAGCUUCUCGGCUUUUUACUCGUAUCUGUGACUUUUAUGUGAGAAACAUCUCGCGAUAGAACGCCAAACAUUUUUCGAGUAAAUUUUACGCAUAUAUGACUGCCGAAGCAUGGACCGAUCGAGCAUUGGCAAUUUUAUGAACAAAAGCGUGAAUUCGCCCAGCAGACGCCGACUGUCGCUGGUACAAUCGUUGAAAAAAGGCGCAUCCGGAAUCAGCGUCUCCGGCAGAUCCAACCAGUCGGUGCAGAUAAUAUGCAAGACGGCGAACCACCUGGUCGAGCACUUCGGCUCGACGCUGCCGGUCCUCGUGACGGAGGCACUGACCUUCGUCGAGCGCAACGUGGCCGUCAGCGUCAGCGUGUCGCACGACGGCUGGGCCUGGCUCGUUUGCGGCCGACGACUCCUCGUCUGGCAGUGCAAGACCACCAUACACGAUCCCAAGCAGAGGCGCACCUUCAAGACCCAGUGUAGAGAGCUGCUGCUGCCGCAGAGCGAUCUGGCCCACAAGGCCGAGUGCAUCGCCGUCUGGAUGAGUCCGGGCCAACAGGUGCCUAGUUGCAUGGCCGUCUCGCCGGAGGGCAUCGUUCGCUACUGGGCCAGCAUCGCCACCGAGGAGAUGUCCGUGGAGACAAGCGCCGAACUGGCCGGACAAGAGGUCGACUGUCUGACGCACAUACCCGGUCACGGCUGCAUACUGGCAACGACAACUUGUACAGUAGCUUUGUUGCAGCCGCACCAUUCGGGUGGCAAGGGAACCAUUAAUUGCAGGGUUCUCAGAACGAGCAAAGGAUGGUUGGGAGGUAUUGGAAGAAGAAUGUCGUCGCUCUUCUUUGGAGCAAUUCCUCAGUCACCAGUCCAAGAAACCAAACUUAUUAAAGUGGUGUGUUCUGGAACAAAUGAAAGAGGCUCAAGAAUAUUAAUUCUUGCUGGUAAUUCUCUGCAGUAUUGGUCUUUUCCACACGGUGAACAAGAGAAAAUGGAAUUUGAUGAAGAUAUUAGUCAUACACUGACGCAAUCUUUCCAAAGACGCUCUUGGCAAGAAUCAGGUGCCUGUAAUCCUCAAAAUUUGAUGACUUGGAUAAUUGAUAUGCAACCUAUUGAAGAAGGGCUUGUUGUUUUGGUAGCCGCCUGCUGUGCUGAUAUUUCUCCACAAGUACAUUUUGCACUUGGUUUAUUACCUUUAAACGGUACCACUCUGACAAAUUCUUUCAAAUGGUUUGUCCCUGUAAAAGUAGGUUCAAUAUACUAUGGCGAUGAUAUUGAAUCUACAAUUCAUUCCUAUCGAUUCAUCAUUUCUGGUUGGGAAAUUAUUGUGUACAAUAAACACAAUGUUCAUGUUGUAAGCAAUUUAUCAGAAUAUGAACAAGAAAAAAUUGAUCUUAUUAGAGGUGAUGAUAGUGUUCUUGGUGGAGCUCUUUGCUCCGGUACACCUGUACUUUUUACCAAAAAUCAUGGACUCAUAACAAUUAGUCCAACAGAUUUUUCAAAUCAAGAUUUCAAUCAGAGUUACGCAGAUGUAAAUGCCAGUGUAGACUUGAAUGGUACUAGUAACAUGUCAAUACUGCCUGAACAAUUUGUCACUCUUAUUAGCAAUGAAGAAAUCAAUGAAAUGCUGUAUUGUACAGAUGGUGGAAAACAGCUACAAGCAGCGUUUCUGUUGAGCGUCCGUAACAACAAGGAGCAGUGUGACGAUAUUUUAUCAGAACUUUUCCCCAUGCAAGAGGAGCCUGUAAUGGAUAUUGAUGCACCUCUUGAUACCUUAGUUUUAAAAGUAGCCAAAAAUUUAAUUGACGAUUAUCCUGCUAAUGAUCCCAGAUGGGAGAAUCAUAGAGAUUUGAAUUUUACAUUGAAUGCAGUUUUAGCUAUGCAAAUUCCUCAUCAACUUGAAGGAAAACAAAAGUCGAUUGAGCUUUUCAUCAUGUUCUUAAAAGAGCAUAAUUUAUGGAGCAGAUUUUGUGCUGUAUCUUAUAGAGGUGUGAUUAUGUCUACGUCACACGUUCUUAGUGAAUUUGCCGAAAAAGUCAUAGCCAUGCUCUCGAUUUACGGUUUUCAACAACGCUAUACCGAGAUAAUAGAUGCAGCUAUUGAGAAGACGUUGCCACCUGAAUCAUUUGUGUCUGAAGAUCUUAGCCCCAAUGACAUUUUUUACAGAGAAGUCAGCGAAGUUUCAUUAUUUUUACCUAAUCUUGUUCAAUUGGCUGUCGAUCAAGCCCACUCAGAAAGGCCUACUCAACAAUUAUCACAAUAUAUUCUUCAAGUCAAUUCAAUUUUAUUGGGAGUUUUACACGAGGUUGUUAAAUACCGACAAUAUAACGCAGAAAAAUACGUACCACCAAAAACUUCUUCAAUUACGGAAUAUCUUCCUUGGACUGCAUCCACUGGAAAAUACGGCUUGAAAAAUUGCCUUAAUACUAUGCAAAGCUUGACAAUUCAACACGGUGUAACUAAUACAACUGACCCAAGUGCUAGAAAUGAAUUGUUUGAACAGCUAGUUGGCUUGAUCGAUCUCAUUUUAGACGGAAAAAAAUGUCAUUUAGAAAGUAUCAGAGGCACUGAAAAGUUCGAUAUUCUUUUGAAACAAUAUGAGUCUGAAAGAUCAAGUUUAAUCCAACCCCUCAUCAAAGAAGGACAAUAUGAAAAUGCAGCAAUGUUGGCUGAAAAAUAUUGCGACUUUGGCUCCUUGAUUCAGAUAUGUGAAUUGACAAACAACAAGCAUCGAUUGGACAGCUAUAUGGAACGUUUCGCGGCACAAGAUUUUGCAGGAUUCCUCUUUUCAUGGUAUGUGAAAGAUGGAAGACAGGGUCAGUUAGUUGAAAGGUGUCGUCGCGGCGGUGCUCAAGAACUACAAGAAAAACUACUGCAACAUCCAAUCUUAUCUUGGGUACAAUCGGCUCUAUCUGACGAUUACCAAUCAGCGGCCAAGACUUUGCAAAAGUUAGCCGAUGAAGAAACUGAACUUGUCACUCGUAAAAAGACAAUGCUAUCGCUCGCAAAAUUGGCAGCCUUGGCUUCCGAUGAUCCAGAAGCUAAAAUCCAAAUGAACGUGAAUACAAUGAAUUACGAGUUAAAUCUCAUAGCGCACCAAGAGGACGUGCCCAUUAGCGUUCUGGAGAUUUACGGCUACGACGUGGAAAAGCUGCGAGUGCUCUCGCCUUCGGAAUUGAUCAAUCUGUACACGUGCGCCGAGAGUCACAUAUCCAACGAGUACGACUUCAAGAAGGCACUUGACUUAUUGGACUACAUCGAUCAGGAGGACGAAAAGAUGGCCUUGAAAACGAGGAUAUGGGCUCGGGCUGCCAGAUGCGAUAAAUGGGACACGGUCAGCAAAAAUCCCGAACAGCAGAUCCAGGAGACGACGUUUUUCAAAGUUAUGGAUCUCGUGCAUUUGAUGGGUAACAAAAUUGAAGAAAUGUUACCGUCAGUCGACUUGAUAUUGGCGGAGCAAGAGCUCGGCAAUCUUGCCGCAUCGAGCAACUUCCAGUACCUCAUCAAAUUGGUCUACGAGUACGCAUUCAAUAAUUACUAGUUGGAUGUCUUGGAUUCGAUUUAUUUUGUAUAAUUGUUUAUCUAUCUAAGAUUGUUAUAAAAAAAUAUUUUGUACACUAUAAGUAUUUCGAUAAGUAAUAAAUUUUAGGCUAUUUUUCGAUCCCUA